AUGAAUGAUCUACCGAAAUUACAAUACAAUGGACCAGAAGAGCCACUUGACAAAUACCCGGUAGAUGAAUCAUGCGUGAUAAACGAUUUGACAUUGGAAGAUGACAAGGAUGUUGCCGAGCCAUUGCAAGAUGUAGAAAUAAAAGUAUGGACUUAUGAUGAAGAUGACACUGAAAUCGUGGAGGAAGAAAAAGAAGAGGAAGACAUCAAAACGGAACCAGAAAUAAUCGACAAGACUGACAUAUUUACUGAUUUUAUGGCAGAAUUUGGAGCAAAACGGACGAAGGAAUUGGCAAUUAAGGCUGAAAAGAAGAAGAAACAGCUACGACAACUGAUCGGUGUUGAACAGAAGAAAGAUGAUGAAUCUGAAGAAACGCUGAUCACGCCAGAAGAUGAAGAUAUUGUGAGUGAACGAGUAUCCACUGAAAGUUCGAUUCAUCCAUGUUUAUACAAGAUAGAUAUCAGCGAUUCUCAGCUGAAAGUGAAUCCGUAUACGAUGUACCAGGUUCCGAACGAUCCCGGAUUGCUACCAGCUUUCUGGUUGUUACGUGAACGCCCGCCGAUUUACAGCACUGAUGGUGUGCAGAAAUUCUACGACAUAGUAAAACGUGCCGGUUUGAGAUCGAUUGGUUCGUUAAAAGAUAUGCUCUUAACAGAUCAAUUAAAUCUGAGUUAUACUGGAUUUAAGUCACCAAUAAUGAAAGCGAUCUGUGAGGCUUUGACCGACAAUAUUUUUGUACGAAAACUGGAUUUGAAGGACACUAAACUAUCCGCGAAUGCAUGCAGAUAUCUAAAUGAUUUAUUACUUAAAAACAACAGUAUAAUCGAUUUAUCACUAUCGGGUUGCCGAAUUGGCACGAAUGGCGCAAAAAAAUUAUAUCAUGCGAUAUCGGAGAACACAGCCCUGAAGGUGCUCGAUCUCAGCCGUUGCAACAUCGGCAAUGAAGGCUUCGAAUACAUCGCGUCUGCAUUAUCUAAUAAUCAAGAUUUGGAGAGUCUUGAUCUAUCCGACAAUCAUCUGGACGAGAUGUGCUCAAAAAGUCUGUACAAUUUGCUCUCGUCCAAAAGCUUGACGCAUCUGAACUUAUCUUGGAAUUCUCUGUAUGACGCAAAAGUCUGGAAAGUUCUAGUCAAUGGGCUUAAGAAAAAUCGAGAAUCGCUGCGUUCCCUGAAUUUAUCUUGGAACGCAAUUGGAGAGGAAUGUGUUCAUCAUCUUUAUAAUCUAUUAUCACGCUCGCGGAACAUUGAGGAGCUGAACUUAAGUUGGAAUAGAUUUAACGGAAAAGAUGCUGAAAUCAUAGCAGAAGGUAUAUCGAAAAAUAAUACGCUUCAAGAAUUACAACUGGGAAACAACCCUUUGGAAGCACAAGGUGUUUCAGCUUUGAUUCACGCAAUUACGCCGAACAUAUCGCCCGAUAGUGCUUUGCGUCUUUUGGAUUUAGAGAACAUUUGGGCAAAUAAGAAUAUUCUUGAAGACUUGGAGACAAUCAAAAACGUCAGACCGUGGGUUACAAUCAAAUUAGGCGGUAUUCUGAGCAAUUAUCAGCUCGUUGGACCAAAUGUUAGAAGAAUACUUCUGAAGAGAGCAAAAUACGAGACAAUGCUACCAAAACAAAAGAAUCGACGACGCAACUUCGGCCAAUUUGUGAUGUCGUUGACAGACAAACUAAUAAACCGAGAAAAAUUUACACAAUUAGUGCAGACGUUCAAACUAAAGCUUUCUACAUCGCUCAUCAAUGAGAUAAUGAAUGCAUUCCAGGGACCGUAUAAGAGUGUCGAUCAAAAACUGUUGAAAUCAUUUUAUUUGGAAGAAUAUCCAGAAACGAUCAUAGAAUACAAAAAUAGUACGAAAAAAAUUGAAGAAAAAGAAAUUAAAAAGCAAAUACCAAAAAAAAGUGAAGUGAAAAGGAGAACGAAAAAACGAAAAAAUUAA